AUGAUCAGGAGGAGAAUAGUAGGUUUUUUGCGGCGGCCUCUAGGCUCUGAAGGAGGUCCGCUUGUGUCACCUAUUGUGGGGCUAGUGAGACCUCUGGUGUACCCCGUAAACCGAGCAGCAAGCCCAGUUACAGCGGUAAGCCCAGUGGUGAGGCCUGUUGGUAUGAGGUUUAUUUCUGGGCCUGUUGAGCGGGAGGCUAUCCGUGCCGGUAUAUCAAAUAAUACUGAUUUCCUCCAUGUUCAGAAUAUACUGUUGCAGAAGGAUCAGGAACGGCAGCGGCGGGAGUUGUUGUUGAAGGAUGCAGAUAACUUUUUUGAGCGGUUUAAAGUGAAGACUAAGUGGGUCUUGAUACGUGGUAAUAGACCGUUUUCUAAGGAUGAGAUCUAUACGUUGUUCUCAUGGUUGUUGUUGUCGCAGAUAGUGUGGAUUGUGGUCGGUACCACGACUUUUCUCUCAUUGGUUAUCAUGGCUUCCAACACAAUGUUUGCUAAGGAGUUUGUUGGCGAGACACUUGGAAAUAUCCUAAACAAUAAUAAAUACAUAAACGGGAUCGAUUUCACUUUCAAGGAUGCUAUGGUGCCCGAGUGGAAGAAGAAGAUGAUCAGAUUCCAUAAUGUGACGAUGAAGUCGAAUGAUAAAGAUGACACUAAGGGUGUAUCUAUGAAUCUGAAACUAAACCAAGUAGAAGUGUCUCUUUCCGUGGUUAAAUGGCUAUCUGGUAAAGGGCUGGUCAAUGAUAUAUCCAUUUUCGGUAUAUCUGGAGAUAUUUCCAUAAAUGACAAGAAAGAAAGUAAUGUGGAAUCCCUGAUAAACUGGGUCACGGAAUCUAAUCCAACGUAUGAGCUUAACAACUUUACCAUAAAUGACUCGUCCACUGUCAUUCAUGAUAAGGCAAAUAACAAGCAUCUUAAUAUGAAUAUAUACUCCCUCGUGAUUCCAAGACUGCGAUUUGACCAUUUGCUCACUGAUAUUUUUAGUGCUGAUGUCCUUGUCGGUUCGGUAAAUGACUCCUUAUUCAACAUUCACAAGAGGCAAAAUAAACUGCUGCCAGCAUUUUUCUCUGAUAAAGGUAGGGAUAAUAGAAGCAAGACCAUCGAUAAAAAUGAGAACGACGGUAGAUUUACUAACUUAAGGCUAAAUGCAAUCAAUAUAAAUGAGUUGAAUUUGAACAGGACAGGUGCAUUUAAUUGGAUAGACGAUGGAACUAUUGAGAUAUCAGCUGACAUUAUGAUCCCCAAUACAGAUGAAAAUAACGAAGGUAAUGGGCUGAAAACAUUACUUGGAUAUCCGGGUGGUGAUCCGCUUGUAAAUAAGAAUACACCUGAGAAUAAGUAUGUGGUCAUUGAUGUUAAGUUUAAGUUUAAGGACCUAAAGACAAAAUUCCCAAAUGAAGAACCCAAGCUAUCGUCAGGCGAAAAAAUACUAUCUUUGAAUGAACUCAAACCAGUAAUAGCAUAUGUGAAUUCUAGAUCAGGUUUUAUUCAUUUUUUAACGUCUCUGGAAGACUCGAAUCAGAGUAGGACAAACGUUGAAAGCGUUGACGACAAUAAAAAUUGGGGCUUGUCUAAUAUAUCUAUCAGAAGGAAAAAGUCAUACCCAAAUACUACAGUAAUAUCUUCUAAGCCAUAUUGGAACUCUACUUCUGAAGAUAAUGAGAGGAACUUGCCGUUACCAUUAAAUCAAGAAAUAAUCAAGUUCCAUAAUAUUUCUGUUCAAGAUGACAAUGAAUUGGUAUUACGAUGCCGUAUAGUUCAAAACGUUGAGCAACUUGAGAAUUUGUCAAGUUUAAAGAUAUCAAAGAUGUGGGAUACAAUUACGAUGGAAAUGUACAUGGACUUGCUAAAGGUUGUAGAGGACUGGGAAUAUAGAAACAAGAAUGACUGGAUGAAACAAUGGGGCGCGACAUUUGCGUCGCAGCUAUUGUUAGUUGGAUUCGGUGCAAUGGUAUAA